GCGUAAAAAAUGACAACUCCUAUCCCGUCCUUGCCUUCAGGCUUUGUUUCCGGCAAGACCGCCGUAGUCCUUGUCGAUGUCUACAACGAAUUCCUUCACCCUGAGGGUAAAAUCAACAGCUUUGUCAGCGAAUCAAUGACAGCGUCCAAUACUAUACAGCACCUAAGGGACGUUGUCAAUGUGGCCCGCAAAUUUCGUAUCCCUAUUUACUAUGCAUUGCAUCAGAACUGGCGGCCAGGAAACUAUGAGGGAUGGAAACACAUGAACGCCACCACUACAGGACUCGGUGAAUCUAGAGCUCUUGAGGAAGGAAGCUGGGGAGCGGAAAUCUUCCCAGGCCUAGAGCCAGAUGUUUUGGGCAACAACGAUGUGAUUGUCAGCAAGCACUGGAACAGCAGUGGAUUCGCCAACACUGAUCUAGAUUAUCAAUUACACCAGCGCGAGGUUACUCAUUUGAUCAUGGCAGGAAUGAUCGCCAACACUUGUCUUGAAUCUACUGCAAGAUAUGCCCGUGAGCUUGGAUAUCAUGUAACUCUGUUGACCGAUGCAACAGCCGGCUUCUCAACUGCGCACAAGGAUGCCGCAACCAACCUGAUCUGGCCUAUCAUCGCAGACCAAGUAAAGACAGUUCAUGAGUGGACAAAAAUAGUCGAGGAAGGAUCAUGUGAACCUAAGUAG